GUUGUGCUUUGCGCUCACAUGUGAUUGAAUGUAAAAAUUCUUAAAAACAAGUUCUAUUUUCAGAAUGUGAACAUUAAUUGUGUGCCUUUGUCUGCUGAUUUAAUAAUAUUACUAUAAUAAUUUGUACAUAAUCAUGGAGGGUCAAGAAAGAGAUCCAAAACUUAAGUUCAAAAGUCUGAAAGAAAAAUGUUCACCGCCAAGUAUGAAAGCAAUUAAAAACAUGGGAUUCAAAUACAUGACUGAAAUUCAAUCUGCUGUUUUGCCUAGAGCUUUAGAUGGAGACGAUAUAGUUGCCACAGCAAAGACUGGAUCAGGAAAAACAUUAGCUUUCUUGAUACCUGUUGUUGAAACAGUGGUUAAAUCUGAGCCAAAUGAGUCAACUGGUACUUUAUGUAUUAUCAUAUCACCUACCAGAGAGUUGGCAAUACAGACAUACACAGUUUUGCAAGAUAUUAUUUCCUUUCAUGGGUGUAUAACAUCUAGCUUAGUCAUUGGUGGAGAAAAUAAAAAGAAACAGAGCAUGGAGCUUUCAAAAGGUGUGCAUAUAGUAGUAGCUACACCAGGCAGACUAUUUGACCACAUGAGAACUAAAGAGUUUGAUUAUAGAAAUGUAAACUGCCUGGUGUUAGAUGAAGCUGAUAAAAUAUUUCAAUACGGGUUUGAAGAAGACCUAAAACAAAUAGUUAACCGUCUUCCAAAAAACAGGCAAACAAUGUUGUUCAGUGCCACCUUAUCAGAGAGGACAGAGGCUUUGAUCAAAUCUGCAAUGAAAGAUGAUUUUCGGGAGAUAAACACUAGUGAAGAUAACAUCAAAGCUACGGUGGAUGGAUUGAAACAAGGGUACAUGGUAUGUGAAACUGAGUACAGAAUGUGGUGGUUGCACAAAAUGUUGAAGAAAACCCAGAACCAAAAAGUAAUGGUAUUCUUUUCAAGUUGCAAAUCUGUUGUAUUUCAUUAUGAAUUCUUUACCAGACAUUGCAAUGCUUCAGUGCUAUGCAUUCAUGGGAAAAUGAGUCAGAUAGAUAGAUCAGCCACUAUGAGGAAUUUUUAUAAUGCUGAAAAAAUAGCAUUGUUUUGCACAGAUUUGGCAGCUAGAGGAUUGGAUAUACCGGCUGUGGAUUGGAUAGUACAGUUUGAUCCACCUUCUGACACCAAUGAGUACAUACAUAGAGUAGGCAGAACAGCCAGAGGUUUAGGGACAGUGGGAAAUGCUGUAUUACUACUGAGGUCAGAAGAAAAUGGAUUUAUAGAUCAUCUAAAAGAGGCCAAGAUUUAUUUAGACAAAUACGAAAGUUGGGAUAAAUAUCACAAUUUACAACCCAAGUUAGAAGCAGCAAUGCAAGAUCCAGAACUUCGUAAAAUGGCAGAGGAAGCUUUCGAGGGCUAUAUCAGAGCACUAGAAGUCAGAAAGUUGAAGCACAUCUUCAACGUUAUUUCAAUGGACAUGAAUAAAGUAGCCAAAUCGUUUGGUUUAGAAAAGGCACCAGAAGUUGACAUCCAUACUGGGUUUAGCAAAAAGCAUCGACCUAGAAAAAGGAUUGCUGCAAUAUUAGCUGCAAAAACUGAAGACAGUAAUAAACGCAUAAAAUCAUGAAUAUAAUUUUAUUUUUAUAAUAUUGGUAAAUUAAAUUGUAAAUAUACUACAAAAUAAUACAAA